UCGUUUCUGUUGGCAACAUUGGUAACACCUGGGCUGGACACUGGACACAUCAACAAAAGCAAAAAUAAGAGACUGCACCGAAAUACUUGAUUUUUUUUUAACCGAAUUAAAUUUUUUUACCCGCUUUGAUGUAGAGUGGACUUUUGAAAAUGUUUUAAUAGUGUUUUCUGCUUUGAUAUUGACUUGACGAAGAGUUAUGGAGCAACUGUCCUCGACGUUCCACUUUCCUGGCGGCCCUGUCAGGACCACGGGUGACGGCAGGGAGAACCCCGACGGUGCCGAAGACCCUGUGAUGUUGGCGAAAAGACUGAGCGCCGUGUGUAUCAAGCCUUUGCUUCCUCCUCCGGAAGACCUCUCGAAACUGUCCUUCUCCCCCGUCAAACCUGUCGGCGAAAUCGUCCACCUGACGCCUCACCUGGCUCGAGUGCCUGCUCGGCAAAACUCGGACGCUUCGUUCAAGAGUCUGCAGGGCCGAGAACCAAAGUUUGUUCCGUACGAGCCGUACAAGGGCGCUGUCCAUCCGAUGGUGAUGCGGAAGUCGCAGAAGAAGCUCAAGCGACAAGCCAGCACCGAGAGUGUGAGCACCACGACAAGUCUGGACCCGAAGGAAAAUUUCCCCCAAGAAUCUCCGAUUGUAUUGAGCAGAGGCGAGACUGAGCUCAGGGCCCAGUUGGCCAGGGCGGGGGACGAGAUCCAAAGUCUGGAAGCGCAGCUGCGAUUCCAGGAGCAGGUCAACUCGGAACUGAAAAGAAUGUUGGUCGCUGCCGUGGGCGAGGACGUCGAGGUCAAAGUGCAACACCUUACUGAGGACAAACUGCACCUGGCCAGAGCCUUAGUUAAUAAUUCCGAGAGUAUUUCUUCCCACCAAGAGAAACUUGAGUACGUGACUGGCCAGUGCGAGGUUUGGAGGAGCAAGUUUUUGGCAAGCAGUCUGAUGGUGGACGAGUUGGCCAGGUGGAAAACGGAAAUGGUAAAUUUUACUGAGCAACUGAAGGACACCCUUGGUGUAAUUUUGAAGGAGAAUGGAAGUGCCAAAGAAGCAAUGAAGGUCACCUGCAGAAAUUUACAGCUCUUAAGGGAAAACUUUGACCCAGCUUCAGGAAUUCGAAUGGGCUCUCCGAACCGAAAGAUGAGCACCUCCCACUUGCCAAGUACCUGCAGUCUGACGGACAUCGCUACUGCCAACCAAAAACUCAGCGAAACCCUCGGCCACCGACUUCUCGGCUACAUUCCCAAUCAGCCGCACGACUGCAAAUGGGACGGUCUUCAAAGCUUCUCCUCGGCAGAGCUGAGAGCAAUAAAGCUUCUUCAAAACUGCGCUGCCAACAAAUUUGGGCUGGGUCCGGAUGAGGCAUGCAGUGCUGUUGUUGGGGCAGCCGCAGCGGCCGGUAGCCAGUUGUUUCCACAUGUGAGUUGCACACCCACGGCCUGCUGUGGUCAAUGUCAGGGAGAAAUACACCAACUGUGAAUUAUUUUAUUCCAAAAUCCGGCAAAAGAAAUUUUGACCAAGCUAAAAUAAUCCAUCAGGGAUAUCAAUGCAUCUGUAAUUUUUUUAUCCGCACUUGUUGAUACAAGCUGAACUUUACUGUUCAUAAAAAUAAAUAUUUAUUAUAUUCUCAAA